AUGCCUCAAUACUGUGUUGAUUGCAAGAAAAUAGGUCACGAUCAUCAUUCCUGUCGACACAACAAAGCCGCAUCUUCGUUGCAGACGAUAGAUUCGCAUCAAUCAAAGCAAUUGUCAAAGCGAUCUGCCCAAAAAAAGCAGGCGAAUACAACGGGUUUAGAGAAAUUGGGUGAAAAACUCUCGACCGUACCCCUUUCUAAUGCUGGUCAGCAACAUUUUCAAUUCACUCCAGGCCUUAUCAACGAUGUGCAGCCACCGUUGAAUGUCUUUGAAGUUGAAGUAGAGUCGCAAUCCAAAGACUCAGAUCCACCGUUGCAAGUAAAUACUGCCGCUGCGGACGGACGGACGGAUGUAGCGGUGCAAGCCCUUCCUCUGGUUGAAGCCCGAAGAGCAUCCUAUGAUGCUUUCGCUGUCGAAGAGCAAUCAAUUUUUCCUUCUUCUUCACAUCCAAUUGCAGCGCAAGACAGGUCUAUUGCGCUUCCACUUCCGGACUCCAAUCAGCGAACCACAAUUGAGCAAGGCGCAUCUGUUGAUGUCGCAAUUGCAACUGGGAAUCGCCAAUCAACAUCUGUUCCCCUUCCGAUCGUAGAGCGCGCAGUAAGCAUCCAUGGAGAAACUACGGCAUCACCGGAACCGUGA